UGUAUUCGGAGCUUCCCUACAGAAUUCCCCACCAUGACCGACAAAACUCACCGAACCGUCAAUGAACAGACGGCGUUCUUAGCAUCUACAUUUGCAUUUCCCGAAGAAAUCCUCUCGAUCACGUCGCGAAUCAUUCAAAUUGACGACUCAAUCUCUUUUCUUCUGUUUAACUUUCCCUAAUUCGUCUCUCCGCAGCGUCAAUCUACUUCUGUUCGACGUUGGUUUCAUUUCAGACAUCAUUCCUCGAUAAUUCUGCGAAAAUCAAGCAUAUUUGUUCUGAUUCCGUCUGGAUUUUCAGCGAAAUGGAGAUCGGAAUUGUUUGGCUUCUCAGAGCUGCCUGGAUUGCAGGAAUAUUGCCUAUACUUCUAGCUCUCUUACCUUUCUCCAGACUGAGUUGGUAUCGUCGAACUAUAUUGGAGUUUGCGAAGAGAGGGAAGAUCUUGCAAUCUUCUUCUAAGAAAUUCACCGUACCUCAGAAAUUCUUCUGCCACUUCUAUGUGUGGGCUGUUAUCUGGACAGCAUUAUUGCUAGGAACAACUUGGAUGUAUGCAUAUGUAUCUACCCCGUUAAUCUCAGAGCCAUUUAACUUUCCUGCCAUUACCAGCCAGUUGACUGGAGGUUCAAGUCUAUUUUCAUGGCAAAAAUCUCAUUCAUCUCGGAGGGAGCACAGAUUCCUGGUCUGGAAAGCUGUUUUUCUGCUUUUAUUAAUGGAAGUCCAAGUUUUGAGACGUCUUUAUGAAACGAUAUACACUUUCAACUAUAGUCCCUCCGCUCGGAUGCAUUUCUUUGGAUAUUUAACUGGCUUCUUUUUCUACACAGCAGCUCCUCUAUCACUUUGUAGCAAUUGUAUUCCGGAAGUGUAUCAUUUUGCUGCAAAUGGGAUAGCUCAGUUCAUUGUUGAAGGCAAAGGGCAAAUGCUAGUUGUUGAAGUUAGUCUGUUGGAUGCUGUGAUUCCUCUAGCAAAUUUAGGGUGGCGUCAGUGGAUUGGCGCAGCUUUAUUCUUUUGGGGUUGGAUUCAUCAGUUUCGUUGUCAUCAGAUUCUGGCCUCGCUGCGGGUACCUGGAGAACAAGGUGCAGAAUAUAAAAUUCCUCAUGGCGAUUGGUUCGAAAUUGUAUCUUCUCCACACUAUCUUGCUGAGAUCGUUAUAUAUGGUGGACUUGUGGUUGCUAGUGGGGGAGAAGACUUAACAAUCUGGCUAAUUUUUGGAUUUGUGGUGGUAAAUCUGGCCUUAGCAGCAGCAGAAACUCAUCGAUGGUAUGUUCGUAAAUUUGAUAAUUAUCCGAGAAACCGGUUUGCUAUUAUACCAUAUAUACACUAAGCUAUUGUGAUGUUUUCAAUUCUCUGUCAUAAUGAGUUAGGUUGGUCGUAAAUUUCUGCACUGCACUGGAGUUGUAGUCCAUAUAUUUGGUGGCCUGAAUGCUCGUUCAAUGAUUAAUUAGGCUGAUUAUGGAAACAGAAAAAAUGAAUAAAAUUGCGACCAGUUUGAAGUAUAGUUCUCUAAUCAA